CAUAAAACCUUACCUUUCCCAUACCUGCGGAUCGACCAAACGACAGCAAAGUCAAAUCUCUGAGCAAAUCUCAGAUCUUAGCAUCUCAGUAACCAGCUUGUACACAAUGGCUCUCGAAACUCCAAACCGUCUUAUUAUCGGGACCGACAACACACACUUGGCCGAGUACGAUAAGUUUAUCCCAUCUCCAGAAACUCAAGAGGAAAGCCACGAGAAGAGCGCAAGAUCAGACACCGAUAUCCCAGAGCCACCAACAUUGCCGCCGAACCCUGUUAAAUCCGAUCAGAAGAAGUCGGAAAAUACAAGCAAACACAUCUUCCGCGUCGAAUACACAGACAACACAGGGACUGUGAUAGCAGUCAAACAGGGUACGGCGCCUCCGCUAGACAGUUCUGACCAAGGGGAGGAUGCCCCCGUCUUCGAACUUAUCAAGAGAGUCAAGGUUUUUGCAAAAACCUCCAAAGACACCAAAAAGACAUCAAAGGACGGUUCUUCUACAGAGAAAGAUGAUGGUUCUGCUACGGACAGGAAGGAUGGAGCUACCGAUACGAAUUCAAACCUUGCGAGUAAGGAUAAAUCUGAGGGACCGAAGGAUAAAAGCCAAGACACGGAGGAUGUCAAGCUGAAGCUAAAAGAUUUUGAUGUCUCACCUGAGAGCAACACCACUUGGUCCCUCAAAAUUCUUUCCGAGCAUCUCAUGAAUGCCUUAAGGGCAGUUGUGGAAUACUACCCGGGGCUGCAACUCCUCUCCCACGCCGUGGAAUUCAACGAGCCAUACAAAGAGCUGAUCCACCACAUGGACGAACUCGAGCAUUAUAAGGAUAAUCAGCCGGCAGAUCAUCCCCCGGAGUAUCAGAACAAAUGCAAAGAGCACAUCGAGGAGUUGCUGAGAUAUCUCAGAGUUACCUUCGGCGAAAAGCUCAAGGAAGAGCACAUGCGGCACCAGAGGGACCCCCCAGUCUGUACCUUUCCAUAUCUAUGGCUUCUUUUCAAACCCGGAGAAGAAGUCUACUGGAAAUGGGGCAGUUCGGAAAAACUCGUCUCUUCGUUCAUUGUGGAAAAGCUCACUGGUGGAGUUUCUGCAGAUACUCGAGCUACUCCGCUGAAGGUGAGCAACUGGGGCAUAGAUUAUGACUGUGAAGUGAUUGGGAGGGUUGCAUAUAGUCACCUUUUUCAGCCAUUCGAUGGCGAAAAGCCGAUCCGAGAAUUGAAGAUGUACCCCGCUAAAUUCCACAAAGACGAUCCAAAGAAGGACGGUGCCCUCUCUAGGAAGGAACAAUUCUUGCAGAGUGGAAAGGCGUUCUUCGAGUUGUGUAAAAGUGGGGGCCAUUACAGAAUGCUGCGGGGUAGACCGUUGGUAGGGGUAGGGAAGGCAGGACAGAAAUCCAUGGUUCAUGGCCGAGUUGUUGUCGAUCUCAACCAGUAUUACCAAGACGCGGACGAGGCAUCAUCAAAGCCUAAAAUGAUGGCUAACAACGUCGGCGACAAGAAUGACAGUGGUGAGAACGACAAUGAAGACGAUACCACUGCAAGAACAGGCUGCCGCUGCGUGCACUGUGGCAAGAAGCCUCGCCAGAGAAAAGGUAGAGACUGGAUACGAUUCGACAAUAUCGACCCCGAUGACUCACCGCCUCCAGAAGACGAUCUAUUCUAUCGUCUGUGCUUUGUCUUGGUCCAAGUCUGGCUGCUAUCAGAUAGGAAAUGGGAGUGUGUCCAUGUUUCUGAUCUUCACGACGUCCAAUUUAAUGAAAGCGUGCUGGACUCGCUGGUCUUAUCCCCGGAGAUCAAAAGCACUGUCCAGGCUCUUGCAUGGAGAUCAUUGCAGCGGGCUAGGUGUUCUUUUAAUGCGGAUUUUGUGGAGGGGAAGGGAAAUGGCCAAAUUCUUCUUCUCCAUGGCGCGCCAGGUGUAGGCAAAACUGCAACCGCUGAGUGUGUAGCGGAACUCAUGAAACGGCCGCUGAUAGCCCUGACUUGCGGUGACCUUGGGACAGAUGUAGUUGCCGUAGAAAGGAAGCUUAAAAAGUACAUGUCAUGGGGAGAAAUUUGGAAUGGUGUGGUGCUCCUGGAUGAAGCCGAUGUCUAUUUAGAAUCAAGACAGAAAGGCGAGGUGAAAAGAAACGCUCUCGUGUCGGUUUUUCUUCGCGAACUUGAGCAGUUUCAAGGUAUUAUGUUCCUCACCACAAACCGAGUUGGCACCUUCGAUGAUGCUUUCCUCUCCCGCAUCCAUGUGGGUCUUCUAUACAAGGCUUUGGCGGACGAAGACAGAGAGAAAAUCUGGUCAAACCAUUUCGAGAGGCUCAAAAGUGAGAAAGUAGAGCCUGCCAUAUCAGUCCAUCCCGAUGCAGAACUUUACAUCUCGGGUGCCUGGCGGAAAAAUAACGAGAUACAACGCGACAUAAUAGAGAUACAAUGGAAUGGGAGAGAAAUUCGCAAUGCUUUCCAAACGGCGCUUGCACUUGCGUCAUAUGAGAAGAAUGGUACGAAGAAAGACGGCGAGAAGAUGAAGGAAAUUAUUCUACGAGCACAUCACAUCCAGAGCGUUGUAGUGAUGUCAAAACAGUUUAAGAUCUUCGUGGAUGACACCAAGAGGGAAGGAAAUGAAGAGAGCCGUGCAAGAUUGUCUCAGUUGAGGGGUUCAUCUACUGGAGUCGUGAGCAAGGAUUCUAGCUUUAAUCUGGGAAUACCUGGUCGGAAAUGAGGUUCGAUAUAGCUGAAUUUCAUAUUCGUAAGUAGGAAUCGAAGGUGGAGACUACAGUACAACUUUGGCGUCCUUAAUUUCUUGGCUUUCACGCCAAGUGACAGUUCCGUGGAACAAUCUAAAUAACUUGUAUGAUGCAUGCC